UUUUAGACCACUAUAUAUACCUCUCACUUUGAUCAUUUCCCUUCACCUCACUCUCACACUCUCAGUCUCACUCUCACUUACACUCUAUAUUCUUCUUCAUUGUUUGUAAUAAGCUCACUCAGCCAACUUCUCAUUCAUCAGCAAUGGCCACUGUUGAGGUUGAAUCAGUUCCACAAACAUUGCCAGAAACCAUUGCACCCGAACCUGAGGUGACCACACCGGAGCCAGCCAAGGAAGAAGUAGUAGUAGCAGAAGCAGCAGCCCCUGCUGAACCAGAGGCCGAGAAGCCAGCUGAAGAAACAGUCCCAGUUGCUGCACCAGCUGAUGAGCCAGCAGCAGCUCCAGUCGAGGCUGAGGAACCCGUGGCAGUCGAAGCUGAGGAAGUUGUAGAGGCCCCUAAAGAUGUCGAAGCAGAGCCACCAGUUGCGGAAACUCCAGUAGUAGAGCCCGAGGCUGUGGUGGAGGCGCCAAAGGAGGAAACUCCAGUGGAAGCCGCUCCAGAAGCUGAGGAAGCAGCUGAAGCUCCAGUGGAAGAGACACCACUCGACGUGCCCAGUACUGAGGUUCCAGUUGAGACCAAGACUGAGGAAUAGAUGGUGGCCAAAUACGUUGUACGUGCUUGAACCAAAAAGACUAUUAAGGUUGUUUCUUUAGGUUGCAUCUCAUGAGUUUGUUGACUGGUUUAGUGAUGCUUCUUUUUCCUUUUUCUUUCAAGUUAUAUUUUGGUGUUUUGAUCGUUAUUAUUGUAAAAGUGCCUUGAUGUCCACGUCAGAUACUUAAUUGCCAAGUGGCAAACAGAGUUGAUUAUGAGUGGCAAAGUGUAUGGACGUUGGUCUGCUUUAGUAUGGUGUGCUCGUAAUAUAAUGGGAUCGAGGUUUUAAAUA